UCUCAAUGGCGGACUCCAUCGACUCAUUUGAACCGCAAACAAUCGUCAUUUUCCCGAGUCCUGCAUGUGGCGGAGACUCCCCAAAUGGAAAACAAUGAAGCCUACCAGAGCCAACAGAGGAUGAAGUUGCACUGGCAAAUGUUCCUCAUCAUCUCGACGGAAAGUCUGUCACCGAACGAGUCAUGACUCGUAUAAGCUCCGAUGAGGAUGGAGAACGGCUAUGCAUUCUUCUGUCAGCUAUAGCAUUUGGAUCUCCAUGGAUGGCUACCAUGCAUACACUAUGCCUUCCGAGCAUUUGCUUCCAAUUUCUCUCCCGGAGUGCUCUCGAAGAUACUGCCAACGUCUAAAGCAGCUUACUGAUAUACUUGACGCCCAGCGGUUCGUCACCGGCUAUCGACGCCUCCUGCCUAUUGGAACACCAGAAUCGAUUAAGGACAUAGCUAUCGAACAGAUCAUCUCUCAGAAAGAGCUGUGGUGGGAUGUACGGGGAGAAACCGCAGAUUUGUUGCCGCCAGAGGCAUGGAUCUUGACCGGACUUGAUUGCGAUGAUGAUUCUGAAAACUCUUGUGCUCUGCACUAGCGAUGGUUCCCAAGGCGCAAGGCUUAAUAAAAGAAACAUACAAACUAAAUAUGUUUGUUCUAAACCAGAUGAGAACCAGGGCUG